AUGCUGCUGAGAGCAGCUCUGCUUCUUCUCCCCCUUGUGGCUGUCAGAGGGGGGGGAGCUGUGUGUCGAACAUAUGAGACUAAAGAACUAUCCCAGUUUUCUAAGGAAGGAGACAUCAACAUUGGAGGCAUUUUCUCUUUCCAUCAGAGGCCAGUCAGUGCAAAUCCAACUUUCCAAGUCAACCCAGAAACGAUUCAUUGUGAAGGACUGGACCCAGGGGAACUUCAGUAUGCAUACACUAUGAUGUUUGCCAUAGAAGAGAUCAACAAUAGCUCAGAGUUGCUGCCAGGAGUGAUGCUGGGCUACAGGAUCUUUGACUCCUGCCCCAGUCUACCUCUUUCUAUUAGAGCUUCAUUGAACCUGAUGAACAGGUAUAAAAGUGGAGUUGGAAGUUGUAACUCACUAUCUAAUGUGCAUGCUGUCAUUGGUGAGACCACAACCACCUCUACGAUUGGUAUCGCUCACACCCUGGGACCCUUCCAUAUACCUGUGAUCAGUCACUCGGCUACUUGUGCAUGUCUUAGCAACAGGAGAGACUUCUCUUCUUUCUUCAGAACCAUACCUAGCGAUAUUCACCAGAGCAAAGCUUUGGCAAAGCUGGUGAAGCACUUUGGCUGGACCUGGGUGGGGGCAAUCAGAACUAACAGUGACUAUGGGAACGAUGGGAUGACCACUUUCCUGGAAGCGGCUGAGAAGGAAGGUGUGUGCAUUGAGUACUCAGUGGCUAUUUACAGAACAGAUCCCAGGAAGUGGUUUUUAGAGGUUGUGGAAAUUAUAAAGAAAUCUACCUCUAAGGUGAUAGUAGCAUUUGCUGAUGGUACAGACCUUGAUAUUCUUUUCAAAGAGCUUUAUGCUCAGAAUGUGACAGGCCUGCAGUGGGUUGGAAGUGAGGGCUGGAUCACAUAUCGCUACAUUGCCUCACCAAUUAACUACGCUGUAGUGCAGGGAGCAGUAGGCUUCGCGGCGCUCAGUGCUCAACUCCCUGGACUGCAGGCGUUCCUGGCAAACAGCAGGCCCUCCAGCACACCAGGUAACCAGGGACUGGUGGAGCUGUGGGAGACUGUGUUCAACUGCACCCUGGCUCCCAAAACACAGACUCAGCCUCGUGGUUCAUUCAGAGUCUGUGAUGGGACAGAAUCCCUGUGGGACAAAACGACACGCUUCACGGAUGUUUCAGACUCCAGCCUGCUGAAUAAUGUUUACAAGGCCACAUAUGCUAUAGGCCACGCGCUGGACUUGCUGUUUGCCUGCAGAAAUGGAAAGGGCCCAUUUGAAAAUUGUUCUUGUGCUGACAGGGAUAAUGUCCAACCGUGGCAGGUGCUACAUUAUCUGACAAAGGUUAAUUUCACCACUAAAACUGGUGAAAACGUGUUUUUUGAUGAUUUUGGUGACACUGUGGCACGUUAUGCACUGGUGAACUGGCAGAGAAACAAUGCAGGUUAUAUCACCUUCCAGACUGUUGGAUAUUAUGACGUGACCCAGCCCAAUGGCCAGAAGUUUGAGAUGGUAGCUGAGUCGAAAGCCAUCUGGGCCGGUGAGCAACUGGAGGUACCAAGGUCUGUUUGCACCAAGACGUGCUUGCCAGGGACGCACCAGGCAUUUAUAAAGGGCAAGUCCAUCUGCUGUUUUGAUUGCAUCCCAUGUGCUGAUGGGGAGUUCAGCAACAGCACAAGUGAGCCAGCAGGACUGCUAGCUUUCACACUAGCACUCACUGGGUUUCUGUUGGGAAAGAUCGCUCUCAGCCUUUUUCUGAAGAUGUGCAUGGUAUACAGCCUGAACAUAUUUAUGUUUUCAGAUGCAGUAAAAUGUGACAAAUGCCCUCCUGAGUAUACGUCCAAUGAGGAGAGGAAUGACUGUGACUUGAAAGCUAUUGAGUUUCUCACCUUCAAGGAGUUUAUGAGUAUCAUAUUGCUGACCUUUUGUUUGGUGGGGGCCUGCCUGGCAAUAACUGCCGCUUUGAUAUUUUUUCAACACAGGCAAACUCCUAUUGUCAGGGCCAACAACUCUGAGCUGAGCUUCCUGCUGCUCUUCUCCUUGACUCUGUGCUUCCUGUGUUCUCUGACAUUCAUGGGUCGACCCUCUGAGUGGUCCUGCAUGCUGAGACACACAGCAUUUGGCAUCACCUUUGUCCUCUGUAUGUCUUGUGUUCUGGGGAAAACUGUGGUGGUGCUAAUGGCCUUCAGAGCUUCACUUCCAGGCAGUAAUGUGAUGAAAUGGUUUGGACCAACACAGCAGAGACUCAGUGUUCUGGUCUUCACUCUCAUACAGGUUGUAAUAUGUGUCCUGUGGCUGACAAUCAACCCUCCAUACCCAUAUAAAAAUAUGAACUACUAUAAAGAGAAGAUUAUCCUGGAGUGUGCCCUGGGGUCACCUGUUGGAUUCUGGGCUGUACUUGGCUACAUAGGUUUUUUGUCUCUCUUCUGUUUCGUUCUUGCUUUUCUUGCUCGGAAACUGCCUGAUAACUUUAAUGAGGCCAAGUUCAUCACCUUUAGUAUGUUGAUAUUCUGUGCAGUGUGGCUCACUUUUAUUCCAGCUUAUGUCAGCUCUCCUGGAAAGUUCACUGUAGCUGUGGAGAUAUUUGCUAUAUUAGCCUCCAGUUAUGGAAUGUUGUUUUGUAUUUUUUUGCCCAAGUGUUACAUUAUUCUAUUAAAACCUGAGAAUAAUACAAAAAAAUAUUUGAUGGGUAAAUAGACUGAACUGAGCACUAUGAAAUGUAUGUAAG